AGCGUUUCCCCCGGCCUGCGUCGCACCCACUGAUCUCCCCCGGCCUCCAUGGGUGCCAGCCCGUCUGGCGCGCGCGUGGGAAGCGAAGCAUUGGAAGCUGCAAAUGCUGACAAGGUCUUCGUGUCGGUGGAGGUGGUGAAUGCGUCGGGCCUCGUGCUUCAGCGAUCUCGCGUUGAGCCAGAAGCAUGUGCUGAAGAGUUGCCUGCAACUCUGGCUUCUGAAGCGUGUCUUCAGUUCCCAAUCGUCGAUGAGGCCUUCAUCAGCUACACCACCGCGGCAGAAAAUCCUCACCAUCCUUCACGGAUCCUGAGUCUGUACGUUUCCCUGGAGACGGGCGGUUUCCGCGCCUGGCUCUUGGGCCUCCCCUGCCGUUUGACGCUGGCCGCCGCCUUCGCGCCACGGAUGUCCCACCGGGACGAGCUGCGCCGCCAGGCGUGCCACGAGGGCCGCGGGACGAAGUGCGGAUGGGCUGCGGAUGGGCUGCGGCCGCGCAAAGCCACGGUGACCCUGGAAGCCCAGGAAUUGGUCCUUGAGCAGCGCCAGCAUUUUCUGGAUGCCAUGGAAGCGAAGCAGAAGGAGGAAGAGGAUCGCAAGGAGGAAGAGGAUCGCACUUCUUCCCCUUCACAGGCGCCCGAAGCGACCCAGCAAGACUUGAUUCCUGCCAGAGGUUCUGCGGCCUCCUCGAAGGAGGAGAGCCCAAGCCCAUCCCGAGCAGGGGCAGUGGCAUUGGAAGCCCAGCGGCACAAGAAUCUUCAGAGAGUGAGGAACCAGCCCACGGCUCCAGUCUUCCCACCUCGGAGCGUGGAGGUUCCAGAAAGCAAGGACACCAAGCGCACCAUGCGUUCCCGCUCGGGAGCAUUGGCUUUGGAGGCGCAGCGUGCCAUUGAGAGGGCGAAGGUCGAAGCGGCGCGGAGGUGCGAAGAACAGGAGCGUGAAGAGCCUGCAGAGGAGCAAGAUGAAAGUCAAGAUCAAGCGCCCAACGAUUCUGCCGCCCUCAUUGCCAUGCAGGAUAUUGAGUAUCAGAGGAGUUUGCUCCAUGAUCAGCUUCAAGAUCUGCAAAAGGAGCAGGCCAGGAGCGAAGGCUCCAAGAAGCUCUUAGAAGUGGAGCUGCAGAAAGCCACCACACGGCACCACCAUGCGCAAUCGCGCCUUUCAAGGCGCGAGGGGUGGGUGCGGUGGGGUGUGGGUGUUGGAACAAGUGCGGAGACGUGAGGUGCAUGAGCCGUUUUUUAGGGAGAAAACCCAAGCCGCAAGAGCCCAUAAAGAACGCUGCUUUUUACAUGUCCUGCUCGUGUUUUUCAUGUUCGCCAAGUCUACGACCUGAUUUCGAUGGUCUUGGACGACCUGAAGACGAGAUCAAACAACCUGAUGACGAAUAGCCAGCACAGAGUCAUCCAACAUUGGACAACGCAUCUUUGCGAGGGAGUUUGACACUCGUGCCACGUCACAUGCACUUUCAGGUAUGGCCUGCAGCUCAGCCGAGACGCAAACGAAAUCAGAGAGCAGCUGGAAACAACCAUAGGAAGCAGGCAAUCCUUGGAUAUGUGUGCCAUCAAUCUCAACAGCCUUGGUAACUGGUAUCGGACUCAAAUCUGACCUCAACCCAGCCCAAAUCACAAGCAAAAUGACAAAUGAAGCGGAUGUUCUCCCAAAAACCCGGCAGAGCCCGAACAACUGUCGCACUGGCGGAAGUCCUUCCGCGUCCUUCCUGCUGUCCUUCCCGCGGCGACGUCACCCAGGUGACAACCCGCGGCUCCACGCGGAGGCGCAAGAGGCGCGAGAGGCCGAAGAUGUGCUGCGGGUGGAGGUGGAGGAGGUGGCGCAGCGGGUGACGGAACUUCAGGAGCUGGUGUCAGAGAAAGAAGAGCUGCUUUGCAUGGCCUCCUUAGCUGAUGAGGAUUGCUGAAUCCCAGUCUUUUCCACCAGGGCCAGUCCUGGGAGUCCAAGCCACUCAAUGUUGGCUCUUGCGUGGCCCACUGCACAGAAGGCCAAAAGGGGCCGGCUUAGCUGAAGCCAAA